GCUUUUCAUUCGCCGUCUCUCUCUCUCUUCCUUAUCAUCAUAAUUGCUCCGAUCGGGCAUCCUGAAAGAUGUCUGAGGGAUCAGAAGAAACGAGAACGAAGCUCGAUUCCGCCGGAGAGUUAUCGGAUGUUGAUAACGAGAACUGCAGUAGCAGUGGAAGUGGCGGCGGUGGAAGUUGUGGUGAGACGAAGAGGACUUGCGUUGAUUGCGGAACAAUUCGAACUCCUCUCUGGCGAGGUGGCCCUGCCGGACCUAAGUCAUUGUGCAAUGCUUGUGGGAUCAAGAGCAGGAAGAAGAGGCAAGCAGCUCUUGGAACGAAACCAGAGGAGAAGAAGAAAGCCAGAAAGAGCAGUAGCAGUAGUGAUCUAAGCGUCGAACAUCAAAAUGCCAAGAACAAGAUCAAUAAAGAUGAUGAUCCCAAAAGUUGCAGCAGCAGCAAAAGCAUUAGUAGUAGUAGCAGCAGCAAAGGAGUGAGUAAAUUUUUGGAUCUAGGGUUUAAAGUUCCGGUGAUGAAGAGAUCAGCGGUUGAGAAGAAGAGGCUAUGGAGGAAACUCGGUGAGGAAGAAAGAGCCGCCGUGCUUCUCAUGGCGCUCUCUUGUGGCUCUGUUUACGCUUAAGCGAAGAAGAAAAGCUUCUUUGUUUCUUUUUUGGGUGUCGUUAGGAAAAUAAUUAUGUGAGAGGUUUAUUAAUUAACUAGAUAGAUAUAUAUAUAUAUAUAUAUAUAUAUAUGUACGAAUGUGUAAUAGCUAGCGUGAUGUCUUUCUUUUUUUUUGUUUAGGUUCACUAAUGUUAUGUAUUCAUUCGCUUAUGAA